UCUGCUUCAUGAUGCUGUUCACGGCCCCAGAGAAAAGCCAACAGUGAGCAACGAGGGCAAAGUGCUGCACGCGUGUGGAGUGGAGACCAACAUAUGACGUCAUCCAAGAGGGACAUGUAUGUUCAUAUGAGCUCUUCAUCAUCAUCAUCAUCACCAUCAUCGCAUCCUGCGAACAUGCGCCAGUCUGCCACGUGACGGAGGCGCAUACAUGAUCCACGUUCCUCCCCGUUUCUCUCUCUCUCUCCUCCUCAUGUGUGAAACAUGAGACCUGGUCCAGUCCCCCCCCUCCACACACACACACACACAGUUCCUGGAGCGCGUUACCCAGCUGCAUGUUGGGCUUUCUCCGUGUUGACACUUUGACAGGAAACUUUUAUACAUUUUGUUUUAUUUCAUUCUCUUCUCCCCACCGACCCAUUGGAGCGCGCGCUCUGCCUCUCGACGCGGGUUUGGACUUUUUUUGGAGGGGGGGGGGGUUUCUGCAAAUGCUGCUUUUUAAAACUUUUUUUUCCUUCUGUGCUAACUGCACGUGGAUGUUGGACUCUCCCGGACUGUGUGUGUGUGUCUGCGGGACGCUGCUGGCUGUGAACUGAGCUCACUCACAAGAGACGUGGACUGCUCUCUCUCUUUUGUCUUUGUUGCAUCUCCUUCAUUACAUAACUGUCUCCGGGAUGUAAGAAGACACUCAAAUGUGGGGUUUUUUUCUUCUUCUUUUUUAAUCCCCAAAAGGAAUUAACUUUUUUUUUUUUUUUUAAGUAUGGCGAAACUUAAAUUGCACAUGCGUGUUGUUCUGGUUUUAUUGGGAUUAUUGUUGCUCUCUCCUCCAUCCACACGAGCCGAGCCGGAGCAGCAGGACGAAGAGGAGGAGGAGGAGGAGAGUUCAUGUCAGGGCGCUUUUGACCUGUAUUUUGUGCUUGAUAAGUCUGGCAGUGUGAAGAAUCACUGGGACGAAAUCUACUACUUUGUGGAGAAUUUAGCUGAGAAAUUCAAAAGCCCCAUGCUGAGGAUGUCCUUCAUCACGUUCUCCUCCAGAGCGUCCACCAUCAUGAAGCUGACGGAAAACAGAGAGAAGAUCAGAAAGGGGCUGAACGCUCUGAAGAACGAGAUCCCCGGUGGAGACACGUUCAUGCACCUCGGCCUGCACCUGGCGAACGAGCAGAUCCACCAGGAGAACUUCGGCCCGGCCAGCGUGAUCAUCGCGCUGACGGACGGAGAGCUGCAGGAACAUCAGCUCGUCACCGCGCAGCAGGAGGCGGAGCGAGCCCGGUCUCUCGGAGCCAUCGUGUACUGCGUCGGCGUCAAAGACUUCAAUGAGACGCAGCUGGCCACCAUUGCAGACACCAUCGAGCACGUGUUUCCUGUGUUGGGCGGCUUCCACGCCCUCCGGGGGGUCAUCGACUCGAUCAUCGAGAAGUCCUGCAUUGAGAUCUUGGCAGCUGAGCCCUCCAGCGUGUGUGCAGGAGAGUCUUUCCAGGUGGUGGUGAGAGGAAACGGCUUUCUGAACGCCAGGGACAUCAACCAGGUGCUCUGCAGCUUCAAGAUCAACGACACCGUCACCGUCAAUGAAAAGCCGGCCGACGUGGAGAACACGUUCCUCUUGUGUCCGGCUCCCGUCAUCGAGGAAGUCGGGAAGGUGAUUUACCUGCAGGUGAGCAUGAACGACGGCCUGUCCUUCAUCAGCAGCAACGUGCACAUCACCACCACGGAGUGUUUCGACGGCACCAUCCUCCUGAUCACGCUGCUGGUGCUGUUCCUGCUGCUGGCGCUGCUCUUCAUGUGGUGGUUCUGGCCGCUCUGCUGCACUCUGGUGAUCAAAGAACCACCUCCUCCACCUCCUCCUGAGCCUGAGAGUUCAGAUGACGAGGACGGCAUGCCCAAGAAGAAAUGGCCGACCGUGGACGCCUCUUAUUACGGAGGAAGAGGAAUCGGAGGAAUCAAGAGGAUGGAGGUGCGUUGGGGGGGGAAGGGCUCGACCGAGGAGGGCGCCAAGCUGGAGAAGCCGAAGAACGCCGUGGUGAAAAUGCCGGAGCAGGAGUACGAGCCCUUCGAGCCCAAACCGCGGAAACAUCACAGCAAGAAGGCGCCUCAGGACCGGAAGUGGUACACGCCCAUCCGGGGUAAACUGGACGCCAUCUGGGCUCUGUUCCGCCGCGGCUACGACCAGGUCUCCCUGAUGAGACCCCAGCCCGGGGACCACGGUCGAUGCAUCAACUUCACGCGAGUGAAAGAAGAGUCGGCGGCGGCGGCCAGGGUCGCACCUCGCACCCCGAUCCACACCCCCUCGCCCCCGCCACCGGACUACGGUCCGGUGACCACCUCCCCGCCUCCCACCGCCCCCAGCCCCCCUGCCAGAUCACCCCCUUCGGGCCAGGCGCCCCCAGGACCGCCUCCGUCCCGCCUACCCCCGGGGCUUCCCUGUGCACCGCCGUCGCGCCCCCCGCCCGGCCUCCGACCCUGAAUCGAACGGACAAAUAAAAAAGAAAAUCUCCCGCCCCCACCCCCCAAAAAAAUUGCACCCGCUUUGAUGUCGCAGACCGACCGCUCUGAUAAAGGUGGUGGUCCUCGCUGCUAUGAGCAGUAUUUUCAGUCCCAGUCGUGCUUUGUUCCUCUUCUUGUAUGGGAGACUGUCAAGUCAAACUGUCACUUUAGCCUUUCAAACUAAAAUACAUACACUAGGGAGGAAUAAAUGUAGGAAUACCAGGGAAUCUGGUCAUUGUUUACGAGUGGAUCCCCUCAUCCCCUUCCCAGAUUGAGAGAAAACACUGUUUGACUUGGCAUUGUGUCCCAUUCAAAGGAUGAACGGGGUGAUUCGGGCACAUACAUUUUACUUGGUGUUGCCGUUUGUGAGAUCAGGGUGGAUUGUUGCUGGACAGCAAAGCAAGUAGGCACAGGAAGUCCACAGAAGAAAACUGCAGUGGAUGAACUACUGAGCGCGGCCAUUGUUAGCCCGAAGAAAAGUAGGCUGUCCAUGAAAAUCUGAGUAAAUCCGGUAAAACCUCGAAUGGAUUGAACUGUUUCUCCGUUGCCGUGACGACGAAUCAGAUGUUUUGAGAAUUAAGAUUUCACGGAAGUUUCAAUUGAUGGUGUUGUUAAAACAGUCAAAUAUCAAAUUUGCAAGAAAUUUGAACUUUAAGUAUUGUUUUCGGUGACAAAGGGAUUUUUUCUUUCUUCAACUUUUUUUACGAUGUUUUUUCUAUACGACAAAUUCCCACCCUUUCAUUAUAAGAAAUUAUACAGUUACAUGAUUUUGUGAAGCACUUUUUGUACCGUUGGUGAGAGGGAAGUGUACAGAUGUUAUAUGGAACGUAUGUUUUUACAAUAUGUGAUUGAGAUAUGUUUUUGAAAUGCGUUGGUUGAUAAUUUUGAGGCUUUGUCCUUAACUUUUCAUGUUUAAUUGAAUUUAGAAAACAGCUAAAUAUACUACAGUGUGUAUUAUUUUUUGGGUUCGCAUUUGGACUUUGAAAUCUAACAACCAGAAAUCCGGUUCACGUCUCUCCUCACACUUUUUCCCCACACAAUCCUGCAACUGUACUUUAAUAACAAUAUAUGUGUGUUUUAUGUCUUCAGUUUAAUCAUAACCGGUCACAUUGCAACUGCAGGGCAGUUUUAAAGAGCAUAUAAUUUAUUAUACUCCCCGAGAGAAAUAGAGGAGUACUUUAAUAUCGACAAGGUGUCCAACCACCGAGACGGACACUGUGCGCAGAAUUUAGAAAUGCAACAGCUAGCCAGUUAAAAGUCACAAAAGGCGUACCAGCGUUUCUACAAACCCCUCAGCUACACGGAGAAACAUUUAAAACGGAAUGUGACCCCGACACGGUUCAUUUGUUAAAAACAAAUGAAAUUGCCACCUUAAUAGCAAAAGGCGCCGCUGUCUACGUGUUAGCAGUAUGCUAGUUUGUGUGGAGGGGAAAUGGCCGCCGUAAAUGUAACGAUGACAUUUUGACAUGUAGAAAAGAGGUUUAUAAAACGCUGGUCUUCCUCCUCUAUCCACUUCCUCCUGGAAUUGUGUUUCUUGUUUGUUUCAUUUUGAAGUACGUCUAUCAGUUAUAGCGUGUCAUCUUUUACUGCACGCGUUCAUAAUCGCUCUCAGUGCCUUUAAAGCUGAGCUAAAAGUAGCUUCACAAUUGUUAUAAAUACCAAUACGGCUCAGCUGGAACACAUUUGAAUGUCAAACAAAUGUCAAUAAAUGAAUUGGGAAGCAUUAAUACAUAACAUGGACAAGGCAAUCCGGUUUUGCUAGCUAUUUCUAGCAUCCCACUUGACUACAUUUCCCAUGAUAGCUUCCGUUAAAAAUAAUGUAUUUAAAAUGCUUUGGAAAGAAAUGCAACGUUUUAUUACUUUGGACUCCGCUGUGGGGAUUUCCUCGUGUGAUCUCUGCUCUGAUCAGAACACACAGAUAAUAGAUGGCUUACUUGGGCAUUCACAAAAUUGUGAAAAACUAAAGGUUUUAAACAAUUAUUUGAGAUAUUUAGGGGUUUUUUUACAAGAGAACGGUAAUUCCAGAGUUUGAAGUGGGGAACCUCUUCAGUGGCUAUGAGAGCUCAAUGUCAUUCCUAAAUCAAGAUGAGAUACAUUAUGUUAAUCUGUGUUUUUUUACACGUAUAAAAGCAGAACUGAAGCAAAUAUGAAAGACGUAUAUCAUUCUCUCUUUACUUCUUGUUUCUUUUUUUUAAACGGUAUCAAUAAAGGUUGACUUCCAAGCUUC